CUCUACCACACACACACACAUACUUACACGCAGAACACACACACACACACACACAACAACAACACACCACACAUCACCAGCUUGAGCAGGAUGGAGAAAAUAACUGCCGUCUUUUUGUUUCUUACAUUGAUCGGUGCUUUGUUGGUUAUAGCUUCUGCUAAUGAAUCUGAUGUCACAACUAAGGGGAUCACACGCACUGACCCAAAAACGGCUCUAGUCACUAGUGAUCCAUCCAAGGUCAGCCCAAAUAGCUUUACUACACCUGCCAAGGCCCCUGAAGCUUCUGCUAGUGAAUCUAAUGUCACGACUGGGGAGGCUUCAUCCAAGAUCAGCCCAAAUAACUUUACUACACUUGCCAAGACCCCUGAAGGUAAUGCUUCUACGAAUGUUACUUCAGCCACACCCAAAACCAACCAGACAAACGACGUUCUCAUCACAACUCCCAAUCCUGUUUCAGAUGUCACAACUAAAACCAACCAGACCAAAGGAGUUAACACCACAACUCCUAUGAGUGUUUCUAAAUCUACACCUAAAACCAACCAAACCAAGGGAGAUAAGCAAACUCCCGGACCAAAAAAACCUCCAACAGAAUCUCCAACAACACCUCCAAAAGUAAAAACCACCCAAACCACCCCAAAUAAACACAAAAAUGGAUCCAGUGCCAGCAUAACAUACAUCAUCAUCAUCCUCGUCAUCAUCUUGUGUAUUACUGGAGCCAUUGGUUUCUGCUGUUAUCAGAACAAAAGCAGGACCUUCUCUCUAGACAGAAGCAGUAAAAGUGAAGAUGCUCAUAUUCCCCUCAGUACAGUGGAGCCGGAAGUGUUUGAAGCCAGCGCGUCUAAAGAUAUGGAAACCUUUACUGCGACUGAAACCUCUGGAACAGUUGAGAGCUCCCCACCGGCCGAGGCUGUGGAGAAAAAGGAAGAGGAAAAAGCAGCACCAGCAGCUGAAGCCCCUCAGCCGGAGAAGGAAAGCUCGGCUGAGAGCCAGGCCACUGUUCCACUAGUGGAGAAACCGGAGGAGCUGACCGUCGUGGAUCUGAAUGAUGAAGAGCAAGCCAUCUCCAACAAAACCUCUAUGGAAACUCUGGAGGAAACACCCAACGAAAACAACAGCAACAACCGAGCACAAGCACGCGUGAAAAAUGCUGAUGGCAACUUCAUUGAAAUCAACCUUGAUGACCUGCUUUAAGCCAAGCUGAACCCACUUCCUCUCCAUUUUCACACAAUGACUGAGAAGAAAAUGAGCCUCACACCUGACCAGACAAAUGAACCUGCAUUACGGACAACACACACAGACUAUGUAUAUAUAUAUAUAUGUAUAUAUAUGUG